AUGGCCACUAUUACAACCGUUGCCAAGAGUCUUCGUACCAAAGACUCUUCUUCCACAGAGGACGCCAUACUACCAUCCGAACCAGCCCCCGCCCAACUUUCUCGCAUUGAGGCAGUUCCUGCUCAGGCAUAUCUUGCUGAGGCACCUCCUGCUCAAACCCUUUCCAGCCAACCACCGGCCAACCCUCAAACUACAAUGGGUCCGAACAACUCAAUCACAGUCAUGCUCAAAUACAUCAAACUCACUGGCGCCUUCAUCCGGGAGGAGUGGCAUUAUUACAUCAACCUCGAAAUUCUACUCCUAGCCGUUGGCGCCGGCUGCCUUGCAGGUUUCCUUCGCCACGAUGCAAACUUAGGCGGGGGAGUAGGCGCGGCUGUGUUGGCUGUACUGAUGGCCAUCCUCUACAUCAAGUAUCGGGCAACCCACUUUGCUAGCAAAGGGUAG